AUGGUAUCCCUUAUUAAUCAAAACAAAUUUUGCAGAUAUUGUAAUGGACAUUUAUUAGGGAUAGAAAGAAUCUUGCCAGGAAGUGCAAAAGCGAUAGGUGGUGGAACCACUCCGAAGCAUCAGACUGCGAGUGUCUAUCGAAAAGGGAAGGUUGUAUAUUCCUCGGACACGGGGAACUCCGCACUUUCAUCGGGAAAAAUCAUUCUUUUAUCCGAUAACCCUUACAAAUUCUUAUUUCCUGAGGAGGAGGAAGAAAGAAAAGUUUUAAUACUUGGACGAUUUUCAGGUUUAUGUUGA